AUUGUUGCCUUGAUGACAGAUUGGAACAACAGUUCCUAUUUUAUAAAUCCUAGUGUACAAUAUUAUAUAUGCUUAUUUCUUUGUGUUUGUGAUUUUGAAGGAAAACAAAUUAUGUCAUGCAAGACAUGAAUACUACUUAUAUUCAGCCUGUCGACUAUUUUUCUCAUUCCUUGUGAAGUUCUUUCAAAUCCGUUUUCAAUAAAUUUUUUAUAAUUAUGUGCUCCGAGGUGGUUUCUCUUUUCAUUGUAAAAUCUGGAUUAUUGACAGUGCUAAGUAUUAGUGGCGUAUAUAGUGCUGCUCUUGAAAGUAUCGGCAUAAAAAAGUCAUUAUACGAAAUUCCUGGAUUAGGAAAUCGGCCUUUGAUUAUUAAGGCUUAUCCCGCUGUUGAAAAUUAUCAAAGUGACCUAUAUGAAGUAUAUGCCGAACCAUACAUUUACAAUUUGAGGUCAAAAUUAGCUGUAGCUGUAAUUCGAGGUGAGGAUGAGAGCCAGAUUAAGGGUGAAAUAUUGUUUUUGCAAAAACGACCACCGGUGGGACCAACUGUUAUUCGUGGCAACAUAACUGGUCUGCCAGCAGGACGGCAUGGUUUUCACAUACAUCAGUCUGGUGAUUUAAGACAGGGAUGCCAGAAGCUUGGAGAGCAUUUCAACCCAUACCAGUUGCAGCAUGGUGGACCAACCGAUCCCGUAAGGCAUGCAGGAGAUCUUGGUAACAUAGAAGCCGACGAAAACGGAGUCAGCCAAGUUCACAUAGUCGAUCCACUUAUUUCUCUCUCAGGGGGACCUAGAGGUGUAGUAGGACGUGCUAUCGUUAUUACUUCGGAACCUGAUGAUCUUGGACAUGGAAAUAGUGGAAACAGUCUAACUAAUGGAGAUUCUGGGAAUCCCAUAGCAUGUGGCAUUAUUUCGUAUAUUAGAUAGUCAAAAGUUUAUUACCUAAUUUAAUUUUACUAAAUAUAUCGUAUACUUAG